AUGGCCUCCUCCGAUGGCGCCUCUUCGAUCACGGUCGCGGUCCGCGUGAGGCCCUUUACUAUCCGUGAGGCGGCCCAACUCUCUAGAACUGAUGAUGGUCCUCUGUUCCUCGGUGAUGGCUCGCUGGCGGGUGUCCCAACUCCCAAGCUGAACCAGAAGGGACUUCGGUCCAUUGUCAAGGUCAUUGACGACCGAUGCCUGGUGUUCGAUCCUCCCGAGGACAACCCCGUCCAAAAGUUCUCCAGGAGCGUCGUCCCCCACGGCAAACGCGUCAAGGAUCAAACAUUCGCCUUCGAUCGUAUCUUCGACCAGAAUGCCUCUCAGGGAGAGGUCUACGAAAACACAACCCGCAAUCUUCUUGACAGUGUCCUCGACGGUUACAAUGCAACGGUCUUCGCCUACGGUGCUACGGGCUGCGGAAAGACACACACCAUCACAGGAACAGCGCAACAACCAGGCAUCAUUUUCAUGACAAUGCAGGAACUCUUCGAGAGGAUCGAUGAGAGAUCCGGUGAAAAAUCAACUGAAGUCUCGCUUUCCUACCUGGAAAUCUACAACGAAACCAUUCGCGACUUGCUCGUUCCAGGCACCCCUAAGGGCGGUCUCAUGCUCCGAGAGGAUGUCAACCAGUCUGUUUCGGUGGCAGGUUUGUCAAGCCACCAUCCUCAGAAUGUGGAGCAGGUUAUGGAUAUGAUCGUACGAGGUAACGAAUGCCGCACCAUGUCACCCACCGAGGCCAAUGCCACUUCCUCUCGAUCGCACGCCGUCCUCCAAAUCAACAUCGCCCAAAAGGACCGAAAUGCGGGACAGAACGAACCUCACACAAUGGCGACCCUCAGUAUUAUUGACUUGGCUGGAAGUGAACGAGCCAGUGCUACCAAAAACCGUGGCGAUCGACUGUUCGAGGGUGCCAACAUCAACAAGUCCUUGCUGGCACUUGGAAGCUGUAUCAACGCCCUUUGCGACCCCCGAAAGCGCAAUCACAUCCCCUACCGAAACUCGAAGCUCACUCGACUCCUGAAGUUUGCUCUGGGCGGAAACUGCAAGACGGUCAUGAUUGUCUGUGUCAGCCCCUCGAGCCAACACUUUGACGAAACGCAGAAUACUUUGCGCUAUGCCAACCGAGCCAAGAACAUCCAAACCAAGGUUACCCGGAACGUGUUCAAUGUCAAUCGUCACGUCAAGGACUUCUUGGUCAAGAUCGAUGAGCAGAUGAACUUGAUCAACGAGCUCAAGGCACAGGCAAAGGAUUCCGAGAACGUCGCCUUUGCCAAAUUCAAGAAGCAGACUGAAAAGAAGGACCUUGUUGUCCGCGAGGGUGUCGCCCGAAUUCGCAGUGCCUACGAACACAGUCUUCCUGAACGACAAGAGAAGGCCAAUAACAUGCUCAAGCUGAGACAGAUUAGCCGCCGCAUUGGUAUCCUUUCAUCUUGGAUUGGCGCCUUUGACACUGUCUGCGAGUCCCAUGAGAACAAGGAAGGUUUAUCCAACCUCCACGGCGUCCGCAAAACCGCUCAGGGCAUUCUCCUCGAGCUUGAGGGGAGUCGACACCACUACAACCAACGAUUGUCGAAGAACACAUGGGAUCGGGCCAUGGUCUCGGCAGUUGAGAAUGCGACUCAGCAACUGCGGGAGUUUGACAUCAGUGAUCCCAGCGAUUACGCAAACCUAGACAGAGAAGCUGAGCUUCUGCGGUCCAAUGCUGAAUGCGAGGCCCUGUCUGCAGUGGUCGAACAGGACAAGGCGGGUGAAGCAGCUGCAGUACAAUUGCUGCUCCAGGCACAAUUUGAGAUGAUGGCCUCCAUUGAGGACAUCAUGCAGAUGAAUGCUACCGAGGCUCUUCAGAAGGGACGUCUCAUUCUAAUGAAAAUGUUGGAAGGCUGCACCGAUGCAGUCACCAAUCUUGUCAAGCCCGACGGCAAUCUGCCUGCAGUCCCAAGCUUCAACCUCCAGAGCCCUGCCAAAUCCGCCAGUCCUCCAAAGCCGAGAAAGCGGUUCAGCUUGGUCGGCAUGCCGGCUCCAAGACUUUCGCUCACUCCUUCUGUUCAGCUCGCCCCGGCGGCUCCUACUUCUCCAGUGAAGAGCUCCCCUCGACGUCGCAAGGUUGCUGCUGGCCGUAAGGCGGUCAACUUUACACCAAAAAAGACGCAGGCCAAGGCCUCCAAGCGAUCUGUCCGCUGGAAGGACGACGACGAGGAUGGGCCCCUCGCUGAGUUCCAGAAGACCCCCAGAAACCUGCUGCCGAAUCCUCAGACGAUGCCGGUUCCGAAGCCGAAGCUGAAGCUGAACCCUCUGAACCUACUCUCCCCAGAGAACGGCAACCGAUUCAAGGCCGGAUUCCUAUCUAAGAAGGCCGGCAGCUCUCCUCUCGGCCCACCUCCAUCUACCAGUCUUCCCAUCUCCGACAAUGAGAAAUCCCCCCUUCGUGACAUUGACGGAAGCAGCUUCUUGAAUCGGGCUUCGUCAGAGAAGCCGUCUCGCAUUGCCGUCCGUUCUCCGAGUGGAAACUUCUCGGGCAGCCCAGUGUCCGACAGCAAGGACAACUGGAAGACUGACAAAGAAGAGGCUAUGAAAAUCAAUUCCGCCAUGCGUCGUAUCUCCAGCAGCCACGUUGGUGCCAUCUCCGGUACCAACUCGUUGCGGGUCCACCGCCGUCGCAGCCCGACGUCUGCAACAUACAGCAGCUCACCAAUCGAUGGCAAUAUGUUCACGGCAUCUCAGGCCCGCCGUAUGGUCAAGAGCGAGCGUGAAGGGGAGGCCAAGCCCAGUGUUCUCAGCCCUCACACCCUGCCUGUGAUGAAGAACACCGCGCGACGGACUACUCUGGGAGGCGAAAUUCGACCUCGACACGCUAGCCUGUCUAGCCGAGAUGCAGUUCGCCUCGGCACGAUCGCGGCACCCACCGUCAACCACUCACCAGACUUCACAUCCAGUGGACUACGGUAG